AUGGCGAGACGCCGCAGCACCCUGCUUCUCAGGUGGCUGCACAGGGUAACCGCCAUCAGAAUCGUCAGAGGAUACCGAACAGUGUCGUACGCGUCGGCGACCGUACUGGCCGCAUCCCCGCCGUGGGAACUCCGGGCGCUGAUACUCGAGAGGAGGUACGAGCAAAGGAGACCUUGGGACCCGGGAGGGGACUCGGCUGAGCAGGCGGCCCUAGACGACCUAGGACCCGCCGAGGAGGACGCAUGGGACCAGUGGCGAUCCCAGCUGAUCAAUGAAGCAGGCGAGCACCGGGGCGCGGCGGCAGUUCUCCCAAACUGGGGGACAUGGAGAAGCCGCCGCGGCCUCCCGCUCACCUUCAGGAUGACCCAGAUACUCACGGGACACGGUGUGUUCGGGGAGUACCUGAAGAAAAUCGGACGGGAGACGACGGACAUCUGUCACCACUACGGGGAAGACAGGGACACAGCGCAGCAUACGCUGGAGACCUGCCCGGCAUGGGAGCUACCCCGCUACACCCUGCGGCAAGUCAUAGGCGAGAGGCUGACCCCCUCAGCGAUCAUAGCAGCGAUGCUGAGCGGACCGCAGGAAUAUGAAGCUGUCCGCCUCUUCUGCGAGCGAGUCAUGCUCGCAAAGGAGCGAGCGGAAAGG